AGAUUCACAAAAGCGCUCACUCGGACUCUCUGGCAGCCGCUUCUGCGCAAGUCUGGAUAUGUGAAACGCCUUUCCUGGCUUCUUGCAUCUCGUGGAGGUGCUACGAGUCAUAAACACUCCCAGCCCAUCUUCCGCAAUGCCUGGGGUGGAAUGCAAUUUUCUAGCCCCAAUCCUGCCCACGGCGCGCAUCCGCACUCUACUCUUCUACCGCUCGGCGAUUUCCGAGCUCUAUCACAUGGGCCACACCUUUCUAUCGUCUUUCUCCAGUAUAACAAAGCUGCACAUCAGAGCGGACCUACAAGAGACACAAGGGCGGGACGAAGACUUUCUGCAGACCCUACAAAGUCUUUCACCACAGCUGUCGGGCGGUCUUGCGCUGCUGUGCGUUUUUCGUGACCCCCUCACGUAUCUUCCGCUGUUCUCGCGCCUUUCCCAGAUCCUGAAUAUUGUAACGCUCCACAUCUCGUUCGCGUACCCGUUCCUCCCCGACGAUCCCCAUCGCGCGAGCUACACGGCCCCUACCUUCCCCUCCCUGCAGAACCUCCGGCUCUUCAAUUGCAGUGUCGACUUCGUCGUCGACGUCCUCCGCGCCUCGCCCGCCCACCAACUGCGCCUUAUCCGCGUCUCGCUCUACCCAUUCGACCCCGUCACAGAAAUCGCACCGCUCGUGCAGGCCAUCUACGAGCGCUGCGACCGCGAGAGGUUGAGGGUUCUGGUCAUCAAGUCCGUGAGGCUGCCGGGAAAUGUGGAGAAGGAGAUGGAGCAUUUACGGCCGCUUCGCGUCUUCAAGAAGCUGACGACCUCGUACUUCAAUUGUGCAAGGCUUUUGUCGGCUGAUCUCGAAGCGGAUGUGAUUCCUGGAUGUACGUCUGUCACGCCGACGACUUGAACCCCUCCGAUGAGACGGUCUGCUUGUGCGUCUGAACGAAGCCAAAAAGAAGUCCGGUUCGGAUGAUGGCGUAAUUCUGACCAUGAUAAGAG